UUGGCUUUGCUUCUCUCUGAGAAAGGGUCGCUUGGCUGUGCUGCCGUCAUGCCUUUUCCAAUUUCUAGUGGAUCCAGGCGCCUCUGCUCUCCAGCGGGUGCUGGUCGGUGGUCUGGCGGAAGAACAGGCUUCAGGGCUGGGAAUGCAUGUGGCGGGUCGAGAGCAGGAAGCAGUUUUUCUUGUCCUCUUGGGAGCGUUUCUUCUGGAGGAGGUUUCUAUAACGGUGGUAGAGGGUUGGGAAGUGGCAUCUGUGUUGGUUUUCUUGGAAAGGAGCACAGCCUCCUCUCUGGGAAUGAAAAGGUGACCAUGCAGAACCUCAAUGGCCGCCUGGCCUCCUACCUGGACCAUGUGCGUGCUCUGGAGGAGGCCAACGCUGACCUCGAGCAGAAAAUCAAGGGCUGGUAUGAGAAAUAUGAGCCUGGUCCUUGCAGGGGUCUGGAUCAAGACUAUCAUAGAUAUUUCUCAGUCACUGAAGAUCUUAAACGGCAGAUUACUGCUGUGACCUCCUGUAAUGCCAGUGUUGUUCUCCAAAAGGACAAUGCCAGACUGACUGCCAACGACUUCAGGCUGAAGUAUGAAAAUGAGCUUGCUCUGCGCCAGAGCGUUGAGGCUGACAUCAACGGUCUACACGGAGUUAUGGAUGAGCUGGCCCUUUGUACCACCGACCUGGAGUUACAGUGUGACGCACUCCGUAGGGAACUGAUGUGCCUCAAAAAAAAUCACGCAGAGAUAAGGAACCCCGAAAUGAAAGUCCUGCAGUGUUCAGCUGCAGGGAAUGUGACUGUGGAAAUAAAUGCAGCCCCGGGAGUGGACCUCACUGUUCUGCUGAACAGCAUGAGGGCUGAGUACGAGGCCUUGGCCGAGCAGAACCGCAAAGAUGCCAAGGCCAGGUUUCACCAGAAGCAGCAGAUUUCUGACGGUGCGGGAGCAGCCACGACAGCCAGAAAUGAGCUGAGGGAACUGAAAUGCAAUCCGCAAAGCUUGGAGAUAGAACUUCAGUCCCUCAUGGCCAUGAAACAUUCCUACAAAUGCUCCUUGGCUGAGACAGAAGGCAGUUACUGCCUUCAGCUCCAGCAAAUCCAGGAGCAGAUUGGGGCUCUGGAGGAAAUACUCCAACAGAUUCGAACGGAAACCGAAGGCCAGCUGGAAUAUGAACGGCUUCUAGAUGUCAAAAUAUUUUUAGAAAAGGAAAUUGAAACAUAUUGCAAAUUAAUAGAUGGAGGAGAAAGAAAAAGCAACUCAACAUGUUACAAAUCAAAAGGACGUGGGCCCAUAAAUUCUGAAAAUCAAGUCAAAGACUCAAAAGAAGAAACUGUUGUCAAAACAGUGGUGGGGGAACUAGAUCAGCUCGGCAGUAUCCUUUCACUAAGGGUUCAUUCAGUUGAAGAAAAAUCCCCUAAAAUAAGCAGCAUUACAACGGAGCAACGAGUGCCUUCUAAAGUCCCAAAAUGA